AGCGUGCAGCUCUGUGAACUGGGUGUGCAACUCUGUGCAGGCAGCAGCUUGGGUGUGCAGCUGCAGUCAACUUCCCGGUUCCCUGGGCCUCACUUCUGAUGGAGAGAGCGUGGCCUGAAAGAUGACCUUGCGAUGGGAUUUCUGUAAGAUCUCGCUGCAGGCACCUCCUCUGGACUAUUCCUUCCGAGGCAUCAACUUCAUCCAAGAUCUGCUUACAGAAGAGCCUCGGACUGGCCCCAAGGUGAUCAAACGGUCGCCCAGGGGGAAGCUGCUGACCCAGGCGCUGCGCCUGAACAACAACACCAUCAACGAGCUGACCGACUUCACCUCCACCAUGGAGCAGCUGCUGGAGUACCCCGAUGAGCUCUCCUGGAUCGACCUCUCCUUCAACGACUUGGGCACCAUCGACCUGGAGCUGACGAUGUUCCCCAACCUGCGGGCCCUCAACCUCCACGGGAACAGCAUCCAGAGCCUGGGCGAGGUGGACAAGCUGGCUGCCCUGCCGCUCCUGCGCACGCUGACCCUGCACGGAAACCCCAUCGAGGAGGAGAAAGGCUACAGGAACUACGUGCUGUCCGUGCUGCCCCACCUCAAGGCCUUCGAUUUCAGCGGCGUGACCAAGCAGGACCGCUCCACCGCCGCCAUCUGGAGGCGCAUGAACGUUAGACCCAAGAAGACUAAGAUAAAACGGGAUGACUACUGAGGGGCCGGGGCGGCGGAGGCAGCUGCUGCGCUGCGUGAGGGCACCCGGCGCGCUGGCUGGGGGGCCCGGCCUGCCCGCGUGUUAGCUUAGAAAUAAAGGCUUCGAGGUUGGUG